CCAAUAUCAACAUGGACGUUUGGAACUUGAGGGCUAAGUAUAUUAGUGUUUAGUUGAACGUGAAAUGAAAGAGAAAUCGCUUUCUUUUCAGUCUCUAGGGAUGUGAAUAGUCCAGAAGUUUUUAAAAGCUUGGUUUUUAGGCCGAAUGAUUGAUGGAUGAUACGAAUUGUAGUCUCCCAGUAGCGUGGAAGAAUGGCGAUUUUACAGGCAAGAAUAUAAGUCAGAGACAUGAAAAACUUUUGCCUGACGUUUUAUACCUCGAAAGCGACUUAAACGCGGUGAGUAAGGCCGUCGAAGGCUACGUUGAUGCCUUAAAUAGCUACUGCAGUGCGGGUAGUCGUGUGUCUUCGGCUUUCGCGAAGUUACUAGGCGAAACGACGUUGUCAAAUAUCGCUCAUCAAUUUCAACAAGUUACCGACAAAUUGGAGCAGACGGCUUUGAACAAUUAUAGCGAGCAAAUUACUAACGACGCUUUAAAGACACUGGGAGAUUUUCAGGCUCUUCUGGGUCCCGUAAAACAAGAAAUUCGCACGUAUCAGCGUUUUAAAAGUCGAUACGAGAAAUGCCAGGGAAACCUCGAAAGCUUUGCGCAAAAGGACGCGGCUGCUUCUGAAGGGAAAGGCUUUCAACAUGCCAAGGAGAAGUUCUCCCUGGCCGACCGAGAUUACACGGAGAAACAAGAUGGAUUGAGUCGAUGUCUGAGCGACUUAGAAGGCAACAGAAUAAAGAUGGUUGGAGCAAGUCUCCUAAUGCUACUUCAUUCAAUGACAGAGUUUAACAAUGACAUGAUUACAAUGUUGGCACCAUUGGGCAUCUUUCAGUCUGUCGGUGAUUACCUGCGGGACAGGGAGAUCGCUCCACAGCUAAAGGAAGCAGUGACGACUUGGUGUUCUCUAUCCCAGAGCCAUCAGAUUUUAUGUGAGAAAGAACUCGCUGGUGAGGACACACAUAAUUUGCUGAAGUAUAUGAAAGGUGACGAGCUAUCUUCUGCUAACAUGCUUAAAUUGACAAACAAUCUCAAAAACUUGUUGGAGGAUUACAAAAGAGAUGUGGAGUCGUUGAACGAUGGGUCUGUAUCGUUGCCCGGGGGUUUCUUUAAGAAUCCUGCUGGUAUCAGGGUUGCACUGAAGGGACGGUGCUCGAGAUUAGAGUCUCUCGCUAUUGAGGGAGUGAAUGAAACACCAUCAAGUUACAAGAACAUGAUCAACGUUUUACGGAAAGAGAUUCCUCAAGUAAAUCUAGCAGUUGCCUCCGUUGGUAAACCAUGGCAUACCGUAUCUAACAUGACAGAAUCAGAUAUUGUUGAAUGUGCUCAGUGUUGCCUUGAGGAUCUCAUUGAGCCGUUAGCCAAACAAUUCGACAUUCCCUUUACGAAAGAAAGUUUCAGAAGUUUUGCUUCGACUAUUCUAUUCGAAGCUGUUUCUGAGAAGACAAUUCUCGCUUCGAAGAUUGCCGUUCAACUGUUGUACGGAAAGGAUGGCUUGGUUGCGGUCGAACUGUCGCCGGAUUCUUCAAACGCAAGGAAUGUUCGUUUGCAUUGCAAGGAGAAAGGUGUUCACAUUGAAGUGCAAUUGACCUGGUGGGUUGUUGUCGAUCGAUCGUUGUAUGCUGGUCUUCUGGACGAUAACAAGGAGCCACUUUUUGCAGUACAUACGACUUACGCUGUCAUGAUUAACUACAUGGAUUAUCUUGAAGAAAAGGAAUCUAGGCUGCCUGCAAUUGCUGUGGAAUAUCGAAGAUUUGUCGGAACGAACUGUCAGAGUGAUAAAUUGCAAAUUGAACCCGACGCUCCAGUUGCUCCACCGCGUUCAAAGCAUUACAUGCGGAAGUACGCUGAUCGCAAAAAGAAGAGUGAACUGGAUGGUAUGAUCUCGAGGAGUGUCGGCUGCCCAAUGGGUAGAACAAAAUCGCCACAAUUUGACCAAGGUGCUGUUAGCCAUUUGUCCUUGGCUUCAGAGACCGAACUGAGCGACGUGAUAAACUUCCUGUCGGGUUUAGCACCCCGGGCAAGUCCUAAUGAAGCCGAUACGGAGUCCUUAUGCAGUACGGUGGCUCUGUCGGACAGCGGCAUCGAGAGUGUAAACAAUGCCAGGCUCGGGAAAGCCGAGAUCCCGGGACAGGAGAAAAAAGGCAAAAAGAAAGACCAGAACAACGUGACUGCAAAUAAAAACGAAAAUGCAAGGAAGAAAAAGAAGAAGAAACGAGGAGAUAGGAAAAAGGAGAAAAAGAAAGCAAUGGCCCAAACAGACGAACCUGAAAAUGGCGGAACAAAAGAUCCAGAGCAAAUCAACGACGACUCUGCGAACCAAACACAGGCAAAACAAAGCGAUGAUAAAGUAGUUAUCAGCGAAAGUUUGAGAAGUGUGUGGGAGCAACCUGAUCGCGGGAAAGAACAACAAGACCGGGAGAUCACGCCGACAAAUACUCUAAAGCGUCCUUUGAACAAUGUCACCAGUCAAUCUUCCUCACUGUAUGGUUCGCAAGAAAGCAUCUAUUACAGCUGUUGGUCGUUGCCAGGUGCUAGCCAAGAUGUUGACGAGUCUGUUGCUAAGGUUACUAAUAAUCAAGAAAUUAUGCCGACCGAUUUCGUUGGUGGUUCUUGGGGGGCUACUCAGGGGCAAAAGACAUGCGCACAGCGAAGUAUUUGGAGUCCAGUCAUUUCUACGUCCAUUGCUAACAUGGAAAAUUUUGCAGGUCAAAAUGCAUGGGCGCCAUCUUUGAAACGGCAAGGAGAAGUUGACAAGCAACAAAACGAACCAAAACCAGUGUCAGGUGAAUCUGUUUUCUCUCUUGGUCUUGAUAUAUCUGGUAUGAAAUUGGUUACAGCCGCUAACGAACAAGCACGUUCAUUGGAGGAGACUGGAGAAAGGUCAAUGAAUGGCAAAAGAAAUUUUCAAUGCUCGAUGUGGCCAUUGGCAUCCCAGGGGGGGAGACCAACUGCUGGUCAGUUUGCCGAAAGAGCUUCAUCGUACGAGGAGGGUCUGCACUCGUUGCCACAGCACGAGCAACUAGAACGAGCAAGACUCCCAACUCAUCAUAGCGAUCCAUUCCUAGCAACCAAAGUCCCCUGGAGACAAGGAAUGUCGCCGAUGUACAUGAAUUACGCAAACAAGCCGAGAUUGGUUCCCCCGUUGGCCAGAGAUAUGGGAUCGAGAGGCUACACACCUGUACAGUCAGGCAGAGGGUUUCCAGCAUUUGUGAAACCUGGCCCUAAUCUGGUUGAACGUCGUGGGAAUUCACAGCAAUAUUAUUUACGGUCUAGGGCUGGACCCCUUGGCUAGAUAAAUUUAGUUUUAACUUCAUAUGUAAUGCCAAUAAAGUUUGUUAAAUGACA